AGGGUUGGGGUUUUUGGGCUCUGGAGCUCACUCCCUUCUCUUCGCUCGUCUUAGUUUGGCUCCAUCGCCGUUUCCGUUUUACCUCUUCCGGAAAAUCUCAAAAAAUUCGGCAAUUUUCCACUGGAGAACCCUUGAGAACCCCCGGUCUAGGGUUUUUAAGGGCCCUCUCCGGCGAGCUCCUCCUCGGCGGCGAGCUAUCGAUCGAGGAGAUCACGCUUGUUUCGUUGGUUGGUGGUGGGUUCGGAAGAAAUGUAUGACGUUUUUGCAUCUUUGGUUUUUGGCUUCUAAUUUGGGGCCUUGGUUUAUGGUUGGCGCGAUCAAAUCUGAAUUCCUCACAUUACACUUCUCAGAUCUGAAAUCGUGCUCCUUCACCUUUCCGAUCAUUUGAGUUGGAGGCCUGUCUGUUCCUUUCCUGUCAGUAGUCUCAGAUGAUGCAGAGACCUCUUCAUCCCCAGGAGUACUCCUUAAAGGAGACCUCUCCUCACCUUGGUGGUGGUGGAGUUGCGGGUGACAAGCUCACCACCACAUAUGACCUCGUGGAGCAGAUGCAGUAUCUCUACGUCCGUGUCGUGAAGGCUAAAGACCUGCCGACCAAGGAUGUAACUGGAAGUUGUGACCCUUAUGUGGAGGUGAAGCUGGGGAACUACAAGGGCACAACCCGCCAUUUCGAGAAGAAGACCAAUCCUGAAUGGAACCAAGUAUUUGCCUUCUCAAAGGAGCGGAUCCAAGCUUCCUCUGUGGAAGUCAUUGUCAAAGAUAAGGAUUUUGUAAAGGAUGAUUUCAUCGGUCGGGUCUCGUUUGAUCUAAAUGAGAUUCCAAAGCGAGUUCCACCGGACAGUCCAUUGGCUCCACAAUGGUACAGGUUGGAAGACCGAAAGGGGGAUAAGGUGAAGGGAGAGCUGAUGUUAGCAGUUUGGAUGGGCACUCAAGCAGAUGAAGCAUUUCCGGAAGCUUGGCAUUCAGAUGCUGCAACCGUUCCAGGUGAUGGCCUUGCAAGUAUAAGGUCAAAGGUAUACCUCACUCCUAAGCUUUGGUAUGUUAGGGUUAAUGUUAUUGAAGCCCAGGACUUGCAGCCUAGUGAUAAAAGCAGGUUCCCUGAAGUCUUUGUGAAAGUUAUGCUUGGAAAUCAAGCUCUCAGAACUAGAAUAUCACAGAGCAGGACAAUUAAUCCUAUGUGGAAUGAGGAUUUGAUGUUUGUAGCAGCUGAACCGUUUGAGGAGCACUUGGUUCUGAGUGUUGAAGAACGGGUGGCACCCAACAAGGAUGAGGUACUGGGGAAGACUGUCAUUACCCUGCAGAAUGUGGACAGGAGGUUGGACUACAAGCCUGUCAAUAGCAGGUGGUAUAAUCUUGAGAAGCAUGUGAUUGUAGAUGGUGAACAGAAGAAGAAGGAGGUAAAGUUCUCUAGUCGGAUUCAUCUGAGGAUUUGUUUGGAUGGUGGGUACCAUGUUUUGGAUGAAUCGACACACUAUAGCAGUGAUCUUAGGCCAACAGCAAAACAGUUGUGGAAGCCAAGUAUUGGAGUUUUGGAACUGGGCAUCUUGAAUGCUCAGGGGUUGUUGCCGAUGAAGACUAAGGAUGGGCGUGGGACAACUGAUGCUUACUGUGUUGCUAAAUAUGGGCAGAAAUGGGUCCGUACAAGGACUAUCAUAGAUAGCUUCACUCCGAAGUGGAAUGAACAAUACACGUGGGAGGUAUAUGACCCUUGUACUGUUAUUACAAUCGGUGUAUUUGAUAACUGUCACUUGCAGGGAGGGGAGAAGGCAGCUGGUACAAGGGACACCAGAAUAGGGAAGGUGAGGAUCCGUCUUUCUACACUUGAAACUGAUCGGGUUUACACCCAUUCUUACCCUCUUAUUGUGUUGCUUCCUUCGGGGGUGAAGAAGAUGGGAGAAGUUCAGCUUGCUGUCCGCUUCACAUGCUCCUAUUUAAUUAAUAUGUUGCACAUGUAUUCCCAGCCAUUACUGCCAAAGAUGCAUUACCUCUACCCCUUGUCCGUUGUUCAGCUUGAUAACUUGAGGCACCAGGCCACUCAGAUAGUAUCAAUGAGGUUGAGCCGUGCAGAGCCGCCAUUGAGAAAGGAGGUUGUGGAGUAUAUGUUGGAUGUGGAUUCUCACAUGUGGAGCAUGCGGAAGAGCAAAGCUAACUUUUUCAGAAUCAUGGGUGUCUUGAGCCCUUUGAUUGCUGUGGGAAAAUGGUUUGAUCAGAUUUGCAAUUGGAGGAACCCUUUGACUACAAUACUUAUUCACAUUCUCUUCGUGAUAUUGGUUUUGUACCCAGAAUUGAUACUCCCGACAAUUUUUUUGUACCUGUUUUUGAUUGGUGUCUGGUACUUUCGUUGGAGGACCAGGCAUCCUCCUCACAUGGACACCCGGCUCUCACAUGCUGAGUCUGCACAUCCUGAUGAGCUAGAUGAAGAAUUUGAUACUUUUCCUACAUCUCGCCCCCCUGAUCUUGUGCGGAUGAGGUAUGACCGUUUAAGGAGUGUUGCAGGGAGGAUACAGACUGUGGUUGGUGAUCUGGCAACACAAGGGGAGAGGUUGCAGUCCCUGUUGAGCUGGAGAGACCCAAGAGCAACGGCCUUGUUUGUGACCUUCUGCUUGAUUGCUGCCAUUGUGCUCUAUGUUACACCAUUCCGUGUUGUGGCGUUACUGACUGGCUUGUACGUGUUGAGACAUCCGAGGUUCCGCCAUAAGCUUCCCUCGGUGCCACUUAACUUCUUCAGAAGGUUGCCUGCUAGGACAGAUAGCAUGCUAUGACCUGUGGAAGGCCUUUCUUUCUUUCUUUCUUUUUUCUGUACCAAACUGAUCCUGGUUGGAUUCCAAGUUUCAGCAGUGGUCUGAUGAAGACAUUCAGCUAUUACUUUUUCGAUGAACGGCCGGUGUUAGAUGUCUGUGUUUCUGUAAUCUUCACCUAGUAUGUUGGUCUUGUUGAACUGUAGUUUUUCUCUUCAUGUUACUCCUAGAUUUCACAUUUUGACGCAUUACUUUCUUAUAUAUUUCUCUGAUAGUCCAUGGAGCGCUUUAGUCUCUUAAUCUAUUAAUUCUUAUCAGUAGAUUUUGUAUCAGUUCUGAACACUGUUGAGUGGUGUAGAAAUUAUAUGAUCAUGCCCUGUAAUUAGGUAAA